UCUCUCUCCACCUCUGUAUCGUUUUCUGCGUCUCUUCCAAGAUAAAGAGUUCCAGUCGUCUCAAAUUGAUCGUAUUUCUCUCCGAUUAGCUAUUUUCUUUAUCCGUUGAUUUGCAAGAAAUAUGGCUCGUACGAAGCAAACCGCUCGCAAAUCUACGGGAGGCAAGGCUCCAAGGAAACAACUCGCUACCAAGGCUGCAAGAAAGUCUGCUCCGACCACCGGUGGCGUAAAAAAGCCUCACCGAUACCGCCCGGGAACAGUAGCCCUUCGAGAAAUUCGUAAGUACCAGAAGAGUACUGAACUUUUGAUCCGUAAGCUUCCCUUCCAGCGUCUGGUUCGUGAGAUCGCUCAGGACUUCAAGACGGAUUUGCGGUUCCAGAGCCACGCAGUGCUUGCGCUUCAGGAGGCUGCGGAGGCUUAUCUUGUGGGUCUGUUUGAAGACACCAACCUCUGUGCAAUCCAUGCCAAGAGAGUGACUAUCAUGCCCAAAGAUAUUCAACUGGCUAGGCGAAUUCGCGGUGAACGAGCUUAAUCAUACAGUGCAAUAGUUGGAAUUAUUAAUAGCUUAGUUCAUUUUUAUUUAUCCCCCCUCCCCCUU